GAGAGGAAAAUCUGAAGAGAGGAGACGACGGAAGGGGGCUGGUACCGGCGGUGACCCAGAUGCGCACGCGACACGAAUUCUAGGGAGAGAGAGAGAGAGAGAGAGAAAAAACGACAAUAAUGAGGAGACCAGAGAUUAACUGCAACCUCGACAAUAAACACGUAAGACUGAUGUGGAUCGAUUAGAAUCGGAAGAGAAGUGGAAGAGAAACAGAAGAAGAAGAAGAGGAGAAGGAAGAAGGAUAUAUAUUUUUGCGAUUCUAUUUUGGAAUAGAAAUACGCGAGGAGAUUGAAAAAGCGAAAGAGAAGAAGAUGAGAAGAAAAAUGUCGAACGAAGUUUUUGCACGAAGAUUUGUACGAUGAAUUUCUACCGAAGAGGAUUUUAAUUGAGAGAAAGGAGUGGAGCGAAAGGGGAAUCACGCAACAAGAGAUGUCUCUGAAUCACAGAUAUUACGUAACGACUGUGGCGGACGAGGGAGAGAACAGCUUUAAAAUGCCCAGGGCUUCCGUGGUGCACAUGACUUCGACGGCGACGAGGCCGCAACACAUGUCACAGGUGUUGGCCACCCUGGCACUGUCGAUGGGAACGCUUUCCUCGGGACUGGCGAAGGGUUACACCUCGCCCGCCUUGGAUUCCAUCUUGGACAACCAACCGCCUCACCUUUAUCAGUCCUCCAACAACGACACGUGGUCGGCUUUCUCGGUGACGCAACAAGAGGCCUCGUGGGUCGCCUCGUUGUCCAUGCUGGGCGCGUGGUUCGGCGCAAUGAUCGGCGAUUGGGUGAUGAGAAGGGGGCGCAGAUUGGCCCUACGCGUCACGUCUUUGCCCCUGGCCGUGGUCUGGAUCCUCACGGGGAUCGCGCCCUGCGUGGAACUGGUCUAUGUGACCAGCUUCAUCGGCGGCCUAUGCUGCUCCGUCAUCACCAUGGUCGCCCAGGUGUACAUAUCGGAAAUCUCGAUGCCGGGAAUCAGGGGUUGCCUGUCGGCUAUGCUCAAGGUGCUGGGCCACGUGGGCGUGUUGUUGUCGUACAUAGCCGGCACGUACUUGAAUUGGAGGCAAAGCGCCCUCCUCGUGGCGAUAGCGCCCUCGAUGCUCUUUCUGGGGACCCUCUUUAUACCCGAGACGCCGUCGUAUCUCGUCCUGAACGGCAAGGACGACGAGGCUGCAACGAGCUUGCAGUGGCUGCGCGGCGAUCACGUCGACAUACGUCACGAGCUCCAGGUGAUCAAAACGAACAUUCUCGCGUCCCGAGCGAAGCAGUACGAGCUCACGUUCAAGAACAGCGUGUUCACGCCUCGUUUGUACAAGCCCAUCGCAAUCACGUGCGGGCUGAUGUUCUUCCAGAGGUUUUCCGGCGCGAACGCGUUCAAUUAUUACGCGGUGAUCAUAUUCAGGCAGACCCUGGGCGGCAUGAAUCCUCACGGAGCCACCAUCGCGAUCGGCUUCGUCCAAUUAUUGGCUUCACUGUUAUCAGGAUUCCUGAUCGAUAUCGUGGGCAGGUUACCGCUUCUGAUAGCCAGCACCGUGUUCAUGUCGUUGGCGUUGGCCGGUUUCGGCAGUUAUGCCUAUUACAUGUCCCAGACGCAAAAUCUGGGCUACGCUCCGGACUCGGCGGUGGUCGGCCAACACGAUUGGAUACCGUUGCUCUGCGUCCUCGUCUUCACGACCGCCCUGGCUCUGGGCAUAUCGCCAAUUUCGUGGUUAUUGAUUGGCGAGCUCUUCCCCCUCGAGUAUCGCGGCCUCGGCUCGAGCAUCAGCACCAGCUUCAGCUACUUCUGCGCGUUCGUCGGGAUUAAGCUCUUCAUGGAUUUUCAGCAGACGCUCGGUCUGCACGGGGCGUUCUGGUUCUACGCGGCGGUCGCCGUGUGCGGCCUCUGCUUCGUGGUGUGCUGCGUGCCCGAGACGAAGGGGAAACAGCUGGACGAGAUGAAUCCCGAUUACGCCCAGGCGCGGUAGUAUAAGGCCUCGUUAACGGGGGGCCUUUCGAAUUUCGAGAAAUCCAACAAACCCCUGCCGGGAGGAGCGUACCCGAAUCAGCACGACCCCCGCGAGUUGUACCGCGACACGACGGGUCCCGAUCCAACACGCGGCGGAUCGUCGCGCAGCAAUCGUCGAGGCCUGUUCUCCGAUUACUGCAACAUGUUCGCGGAGAGGACGAACAGGAUCGGCAGGAACGUGGAGAGCUUCGUCCAGUCCCGGGGGGGAUCCCUGUUCUCGGCUGGCCGCCGCACCACCGACGACGACAAUUCGCUCGCCAACAAUUCCAUCCAUCGAAGAUCGUGCAACGGGGACGUGGUCAGGCACGAUUACACCCGUUUCUUCAACCCGAUGGAGGAGGAGGAGGAGGAGGAGGAGGAGGCGAAUAGUCGACGAUCGUACGGGCGGAGGAAUCGUCGGGUGGAAAGGACGCGCUCCAAGGGUGUCUACCCUUCGGGGGAGGGGAUGGUAGUCGAGUCGUCGACGUGCGUGCUCGAGCGCGGGAUGGAGAUGAGGCCGCGACGGGGGAUCGACGAGGGAUCGUGGAGAGCGGACGUCUCGACGAGCGUUUUGAACGGGAGUACUAAGCCGACGAUGGUGGGGAACGGGAGGAUUUGGAACGGCAGCUCGUCGACACUGCCCAGGCGGGGCAGAACCAUCAAUUUCGGGGAUCAGCCGGGAUCGGAUCGGGUGGAGUCGCGGCGGGGCUAUCCGAGGAGAAGCUUGCAGGAUCUCUCGGAUCUCUCAGAGGUGGAGGAGCGCGGGAGGGCGAGGGAUCUUGGGUCCCGCGUGGCGUUUGGUUUCGUGUCGUCGAGCGGGUGGAGGGGAGGAGAGGCGAGGCGAGGGUCGUCGCUGUACGAGGACGACGGGUGGCAUCGACGACGAGGGUAUGGAGGGCGCGGAAUGGAGGAUCGACUCGAGGAUGACGAUUACCUGAGACUGUACAGGAGUUUGUCCAGGCUGAGCAAAUAUCCCCAAGGGGGCAAGUACGAGCCCGGCCAGGUGCACUACGAGAGGGAAUGCAGGACGUUCGGCAAGGACACGGUCGCGUUCAUCUAUUACAAAACUUGCUACUUGUGAUCGACGAGGAGGGAUCGGUCGAGGGGGUGCCGUUGUUCGCUCCGAGGAUCGAAUAAUUUGUCGAGGAGCAGCUUUACUUUUCCCACCCCCUGAAGAAAUAAUUUCGUUUCCCGAAGAGGAAAUUGGAAAAAAAAA